AUGGCAAAAGGUAUAACCGCAAAGCUGCUCCGGAGCAGCCUCUACACACUAACUAACAUCCGAACAAAACCAUCUUACAAGAAAGAAGCUGCUGCAACCGAAGAAUUAUCCGGAUACCCGCGUGUCAUCAACAUCAACCAACCCGCCGUCCCAGACGACACACAACAACCGCCAAUCUUCUGCACAAACUACGUCUCCACCACCAAAUACACCCUCUUCAACUUCCUCCCCAUUGCCUUGUUUGAACAAUUCAACCGUGUUGCCAACUUCUACUUCCUCGUUGCGGCCGGUUUAACCUUCACGGAUUACGCGCCUUUUGACUGGCCUAGCCAAGUUGUCCCAUUAGCUUUGGUGGUUGGGUUUAGUUUAGCAAAGGAGUUGUAUGAAGAUCUUCAAAGACAUUGGCAGGAUAUGACAGCAAACUGCCAAAAAGCCGCGGUUCAUGUUAAAAACGGCGGUUUUGAGACGAAACAAUGGCGAGAGGUUUGUGUUGGGGAUAUUGUGAAGGUUAAGAAAGAUGAGUUCUUCCCUGCGGAUUUGUUGUUACUGCAAUCUAGCUAUGAAGAUGGUAUGUCUUAUGUUGAGACCAUGAAUUUAGACGGUGAGACGAAUUUGAAGGUGAAACGCGCUUUGCAAAACCUGUCGUUGCCAGCCGCGGUUGAUGAUGAUAAAGCUUCACAUUUUAGUGACUUUCUAGCCACCAUUCGUUGCGAGAAUCCUAACUCGAAUCUUUACACGUUUACGGGUAAUUUGGAGUACAAUGGGCAUAUCUAUCCUCUUGAUCCUGCUCAGCUGCUUCUUAGAGAUUCAAAGCUUAGAAACACGGAAUUUGUUUAUGGUGUUGUGGUUUUCACUGGUAAUGAUACUAAAGUCAUGCAAAACACGACACAAUCGCCAUCUAAACGAAGCGAAAUCGAACUCCAGAUGGAUAAGAUAAUCUACUUGCUAUUCGGGUUGUUGAUAUUCAUCUCGAUUGUUAGUGCUUCAGGGUUUGGUUUAGCGGUUAGGAACACGAUUCGCUCAUGGUGGUACUUAGUUCCUGAGAUACCCGGUGAAGAUUUCGAUAUAAACAAUUUCGUUGCUUCGGGGUUAAGACAUCUUGUGACUGCGCUUAUGCUGUACGGUUAUCUUGUCCCGAUUUCGCUCUAUGUAUCGAUUGAGGCGGUAAAGAUUCUUCAAGCGAGAUUUAUAAACAAUGAUCUGCAUUUGUAUGAUGAAGUUACUGGGGUGCCAGCGAACGCUAGAACCUCGAAUUUGAACGAGCAGUUGGGGCAGGUUGAUACCAUUCUUUCUGAUAAAACCGGGACGUUAACAUGUAAUCAAAUGGAUUUCCUUAAGUGUUCGAUCGCAGGGUGUCCGUAUGGGAAACGACCCAGUGAAGUUGAACUCGCGGCUGCUAAACAAAUGGCGGCACAAGAUGAAUCUUCGGAUGGGAGUUUGAGUGAUAGUUCAUCUUUAGAAGCCAUUACCGUCACUGAUGAUGGUAAUAUUAACAAGAAAGCGUCGUCGAUCAAAGGGUUUAGCUUUCAAGAUGAUCGUUUAGAACACACGAAUUGGUUAAAAGAGCCAAACUCUGAUGUCAUAUUAUUGUUUUUCCGGAUUCUUGCUGUUUGUCACUCAGCGAUACCCGAAAUAAGUGAGAAGACCGGCGAGUUAACUUAUGAAGCGGAGUCACCAGAUGAAGGUGCUUUUCUUGUUGCAGCUCGAGAAUUCGGGUUCCAGUUUAUUAAACGGACACAAAACAGUGUCGUUGUUAAAGAACGCCUUAAGAAAGAUCAAGAGCCUGUUGAGAAAGAAUAUAGCAUACUAACUUUGUUAGAUUUCACUAGCAAGAGAAAACGGAUGUCAGUGAUUCUACGUGAUGAAAGCGGUCAACUUCUUAUGUUUUGCAAAGGUGCGGAUACUAUCAUUUUUGAUCGAUUAGCAAGUAACGGGAAAACGUACCUAGAAGCUACAACAAAGAACCUAAACGAUUAUGGAGAAGCCGGUUUACGUACGUUAGCCCUUGCUUAUAAAAAACUUGAAGAGAAAGAGUACUCGGAUUGGCACGAAAAGUUCCAUAAUGCUCAGAUUUCUAGCGGGUCAAAUCGAGAAGAACUUCUAGAAGAACUAUCGGAUGAAAUGGAAAGAGGACUAACGCUAGUGGGCGCAACUGCUGUAGAGGAUAAGUUGCAAAAUGGAGUUCCGGAAUGUAUAGAUAGAUUAGCGUUAGCCGGUCUCAAGAUUUGGGUUUUAACCGGUGACAAAAUGGAAACCGCGAUCAACAUUGGGUUUUCGUGUAGUUUGCUUCGACAAGGAAUGAAGCAACUUUGUAUCGUUGUAAGCGCGGAAAUGUUAGCCGAAGCUGCUAAAGAUGUCGUAAAGGAGAACAUUUUAUCACAAAUCACAACCUCCAUGCAAAGUAUCCAAAACAAGAAAGAACCUCACGCAGCAUUCGCUUUGAUCAUCGAUGGUAAAACGUUAACAUACGCGUUAGAAGACGAUAUGAAGUUUAAAUUCUUAAAUCUAGCGGUGAACUGCGCGUCUGUCAUAUGUUGUCGGGUGUCCCCAAAGCAGAAAGCUUUGGUGGUCAGGUUGGUAAAAGAAGGGACGGGGAGAACAACGUUAGGGAUCGGCGAUGGUGCAAAUGACGUUGGUAUGAUUAAAGAAGCGGAUAUCGGAAUCGGUAUUAGCGGUGUGGAAGGUAUGCAAGCGGUUAUGGCUAGUGAUUUCUCAAUCGCGCAGUUUCGGUUCUUGGAAAGACUCUUGAUAGUCCAUGGACAUUGGUGUUACAAAAGAAUCUCAAAGAUGAUAUGCUACUUCUUCUAUAAAAACAUAACUUUAGCCCUUACGUUAUUCUACUUCGAAGCGGAAACGGGCUUUUCGGGUCAAAUGCAUUACGAUGACUGGUACAUGUUGCUUUACAACGUGUUCCUAACGUCAUGUCCGGUUCUUGCACUAGGCGUACUGGAGAAAGAUAUAUGCGCCGAAUUCUGCCUACAGUUUCCGGCACUAUACCAACAAGGCCCGAAAAACUUGUUCUUCGAUUGGUACAGAAUAAUCGGGUGGUUAGCGAAUGGCGUGUACGCCUCUUUCGUGAUCUAUCUUGUGAACAUCCGUAUAUUUAGUCCAGAAUCCUUUCGUAAAGAAGGACAGACAGCCGAUAUGUACGUCAUAGGUACCGCUAUGUUCACAAGCAUCAUAUGGGUGGUUAACGUUCAGAUAUUUCUCGUGUCGCAUUACUUGACAAGCGUUCAGUUACACACGAUCUGGGGCAGCAUUGUGGUGUGGUACCUAAUCGUUUACAUCUACGGACUGAUGCCGGUGCAAUGGUCAGCUGGUAACAUAUAUCAGCAACUACCUGAAGUCCUUGGACCAGCGUAUAAAUUCUACUUAUCGACGGUGUUUGUUACGAUACUAUGCAACCUGCCAUAUUUGAUUCACAUAUCGUAUCAAAGAUGUUACAAUCCGGAAGAUCAUCAUGUUCUGCAGGAGAUGAAGAACAUGAAGAAAGACGUGACGGAUAGGAAGAUGUGGAAGAGAGAACAAGUUAAAGCAACGCAAGAAACGGAGAUAGGUCUAUCGGCUAGAGUGGAUGCAAGGAUGAGAAUGAAAGGAAAAACAACUAGAAAGUAUUCGUCGCUUGCUUAUAGUUCUUCGUAA